AUGGACGGGUACUUACACACGCCGGCAGCCGCGACACACGAGCAGGUAGGCCCGGCGGAAACCGGCUCCCCACCACGUGCACAGCCCCCAGAGCCCGAUACACCCACCCUGGCCGACAUCAGCGCUGACAUAAGAGCGCUAGCAGCCCAGAUGGUCACAAAAAAUGACCUCCAAGCCCUCUCAGACGACCUCCAUGCUGCAAUCCGCUUUGAG